GAAGGAAUAUUCGUGUCGGACACUAUUUGAUUCCCUCCGCUUCCAUUCUCAAUAAUUGACCCCACAAAACGAAAUCGCUCAUGCCAACCGGAGCCAUACGGUCGCCGCGAAGAAACGAGGAUCCAAUCUCAAUUGGCGUUCCGAAAUCCGCGUUCUUGACCAGCUCCGUUUCUGCUUAGUUUGAUUUGAUUUUCCUUUUCUUAUUCGUCGUUCGUCACGAUUCCUAAUAAAUUUUUGUUUAAUUGGAGAUUAUGGAGCAAAAAUCGUGGCUAAUUUUGGCGAUUUUUACAUGUUUAAUUGCAUCUUCUUGCGGUAGAGAAAUGCACGUCAAGAACAAGGAUAACCACGCCGUCUACAAUCAUACUCUUGCCACUAUUUUAGUGGAAUAUGCUUCCGCGGUGUACAUGUCGGAUUUGACAGAACUUUUUACUUGGACAUGUGAAAGAUGCAAUGGUUUGACUGAGGGAUUUGAAGUUAUUGAGAUUAUCGUUGAUAUUCAGAACUGUUUACAGGCAUUUGUUGGGGUGGCAAAGAAUCUUAAUGCCAUUGUUAUUGCCUUUAGAGGAACGCAGGAACACAGCAUACAGAAUUGGGUUGAAGACUUAUUCUGGAAACAACUUGAUUUAAAUUACCCUGGCAUGCCUGAUGCUAUGGUGCACCAUGGGUUUUAUACUGCUUACCACAAUACAACCAUACGCCCUGGAAUUCUGAAUUCUAUUAAAGAAGCAAAAGAAUUUUAUGGAGACCUUGACAUAAUGGUAACAGGUCACUCAAUGGGAGGGGCUAUGGCUUCCUUUUGUGCACUUGAUCUAUCGGUUAAUCAUGAAGCCAAGAAUGUGCAAGUUAUAACAUUUGGACAACCUCGUAUUGGGAAUGCUGCCUUUGCUUCUUAUUAUGGCAAACUUGUGCCAAACACAAUCAGAGUUACGAAUGAUCAUGAUAUUGUGCCUCAUCUGCCACCAUACUAUUCUUAUUUCCCUCAAAAGACAUACCAUCACUUUCCAAGAGAGGUGUGGUUGUAUAACCUUGGAGUGGAAAGUCUGGUUUAUAGAGUUGAGAAGGUCUGUGAUGGUUCUGGUGAAGAUCCAACCUGUAGUAGGUCAGUGACAGGGAACAGCAUCGCUGACCACUUGAACUACUACGGUGUUGAUUUAAUGUGCCAACAAUGGAGAUCAUGCAGAAUCGUGAUGGAUCCUCGUGUUUCGGAGUAUGGCAAAACAGAUCACAAAGGAAAUUUCAUUUUGUCCAGAGAUCCGGCCACACUUGUUCUGAAAUCAAAUAUGCGGUCAACUGAAGGGGAAGUUACAUCCAGUGCAUAAUUUAUCGGGAAGUGAUUUCUCCUUGGAAGAUGGCUGGUAGCACAAUUCAUUGAUUCCCACUUCCGAUAACUACUUUUUCAUUCUUCCAUUGAAGCCAUGUAAAAAAACCAUUGAAAAUGAACGUUAUCGAUGUGGGUUUGGGGGUGAGAAGUAGGAAGGAAUGUGUGUAAAACCGUAAAUAACAAUCCCAAUGUGUACAUUCCUUCCUUUUUUUUUUUUUUUUAUGUACAUUUAUGAAUAUUGGUUUCUAAUGCCAGCUAAAAAUUGUCUCUACAUA